GGUGCCGGAUAAUGCGUCACGGAGCGCGUGUGCGCACGCCGUAGGGGGCGGGCCGUUCGGGCUUGGUUUCCUGGGUGACCACCGCUGGCUAGUCCGUUAGAGGCGUGCGGGCUGCGGAGGCGUGCGGGCUUCGGGUGCCAUGGGGACUCCUCCCGGCCUGCAGACCGACUGCGAGGCGCUGCUCAGCCGCUUCCAGGAGACGGACAGUGUACGCUUCGAGGACUUCACGGAGCUCUGGAGAAACAUGAAGUUCGGGACUAUCUUCUGUGGCAGAAUGAGAAAUUUAGAAAAGAACAUGUUUACAAAAGAAGCUUUAGCUUUGGCUUGGCGAUAUUUUUUACCUCCAUACACCUUCCAGAUCAGAGUUGGUGCUUUGUAUCUGCUAUAUGGAUUAUAUAAUACCCAACUGUGUCAACCAAAACAAAAGAUCAGAGUUGCCCUGAAGGAUUGGGAUGAAGUUUUAAAAUUUCAGCAAGAUUUAGUAAAUGCACAGCAUUUUGAUGCAGCUUAUAUUUUUAGGAAGCUACGACUAGACAGAGCAUUUCACUUUACAGCAAUGCCCAAAUUGCUGUCAUAUAGGAUGAAGAAAAAAAUUCACCGAGCUGAAGUUACAGAAGAAUUUAAGGACCCAAGUGAUCGUGUGAUGAAACUUAUCACUUCUGAUGUAUUAGAGGAAAUGCUGAAUGUUCAUGAUCAUUAUCAGAACAUGAAAUGUGUAAUUUCAGUUGAUAAGUCCAAGCCAGAUAAAGCCCUCAGCUUGAUAAAGGAUGAUUUUUUUGACAAUAUUAAGAACAUAGUUUUGGAGCAUCAGCAGUGGCACAAAGACAGAAAGAAUCCAUCCUUAAAAUCAAAAACUAAUGAUGGAGAAGAAAAAAUGGAAGGAAAUUCACAAGAAACAGAGAGAUGUGAAAGGGCAGAAUCAUUAGCGAAAAUAAAAUCAAAGGCCUUUUCAGUUGUCAUACAGGCAUCCAAAUCAAGAAGGCAUCGUCAAGUCAAACUCGACUCUUCUGACUCUGAUUCUGCAUCUGGUCAAGGGCAAGUCAAAGCAACUAGGAAAAAAGAGAAGAAAGAAAGAUCGAAACCAGCAGGAAGGAAGAUGUCUCUCAGAAACAAAGGCAAUGUGCAGAAUAUACACAAGGAAGAUAAACCUUUAAGUCUGAGUAUGCCUGUAAUUACAGAAGAAGAAGAGAAUGAAAGUUUGAGUGGAACAGAGUUCACUGCAUCCAAGAAGAGGAGAAAACACUGAACAAAGAGCCUGGUGUAGUUUUUAAUUUUGAGUUUUCUGACAGAAGAAAAGAUUGAUAUUUUGUGUAUUGAACAGGAAGACUGCCAGUAUUAAAAAAAUCCUUCUGGGAAUCUGUAGGUUAUUUCUUGGAAAUUGCAAUACGUAGUUCUAGAAUAAAAGUACAAAAAAUUAGAAUAAGAAUUCUUUAACAUUUUCUUUAAUGAUUUGCAUAAAUGGAGAUAAAACUUGUAUUUAGUAUGUAAUAGAAAAAAUUCUGUUAUUCGCAGAUUGUUACUAUUUCCUAUAACGUUUUGUGAUACUAUACUGUCCUAGUACAGUCUGGUAAUACUAUUCUAUUUUAUUUAAAAUAUUUUUUAUUAAAAUAUUAAUGUUUAUUACAUGCAAAUAACUAAUUAUUUUGUAUCUACAGUCGGAUAAUGGAUUUUUUAUUUUGUAUAUUUCUAUUUUGUAUAUUGUUAAGUGCAAUAAAGUUUUUGCCUUGUUUUAUUUUUUAAUACAUAAAACUUACAUUCUCAUAACAUGUGAUUGAUAACUUAGGAAGUUCACAAUGUAUUUUCUACUUGUGCAAUUAAAUAUUCUUUAGUGCUUGUUUAUUAUUACUAAAUACUAAUUAACUGAGUACUAACAAGUACUUAAAUACUAAUGUAUUAAGUAUUUAAGUACUUUCUAAUAAAAUCUUUAAUAAUGUAAA